CGAGGCAGCGUCGCCGUUCCACCACCUUGGGCGCCUCCACUAGCGUGGCAGCCCCGCGUCCUCCUCCGACUCCUGGCCGAUCGCCGAGUACACGGUUAUGUCUCAGGUGGCAGUGGCGCUAGGGCUGGUCCUCGGUCUUCAGGUGUGGCUGUCGCUGUGCGCGGGCCUCGUGCCCCCGGAGUCCAGCUUCUCGGAGGAGCGCCAGGUGUACGCGGUCCCGCGGAGCCUCGCCGGGGACUCGCGAGAGCGACGCAGCAGCGGCCUCGGCUCCUCCUUCAUCCGCUUCGGCCGGGAUAGGGACGCGGCUCUCGGAUCCGUCAGCCAGCCGCACACGCGUUCCGACACCGUUAUCAGGUUCGGCCGGGACGGGCUCAACGGCCGGCUGAAUCGGCUACGCCAGGAGCGCAUGCGCAGGCUUGCGAGGCUCGCCCUCAUUUGCGCGGCCAAGAGCCAGGAGGACUCGCCCGCCAGCUCCACCGAA